AGCCCCUCUGCUUCUUCCUCCAACAGCCCCAGCCAUGGCUGCAAUCCGAAAGAAGCUGGUGAUUGUGGGGGAUGGGGCCUGUGGGAAGACCUGCCUCCUGAUCGUCUUCAGCAAAGACCAGUUCCCAGAGGUGUACGUCCCCACGGUCUUUGAGAACUACAUCGCAGACAUCGAGGUGGACGGCAAGCAGGUGGAACUGGCUCUGUGGGACACAGCUGGGCAGGAAGACUAUGACCGCCUGCGGCCUCUCUCCUAUCCGGAUACUGAUGUUAUCCUCAUGUGCUUCUCCAUCGACAGUCCCGACAGCCUGGAAAACAUUCCUGAGAAGUGGACCCCAGAAGUGAAGCACUUCUGCCCUAAUGUGCCCAUCAUCCUCGUCGGGAAUAAGAAGGACCUGAGACAAGAUGAACAUACCAGGAGAGAACUGGCCAAGAUGAAGCAGGAGCCCGUCCGCUCUGAGGAAGGCCGGGACAUGGCAAAUCGCAUCAGCGCCUUUGGCUACCUUGAGUGUUCAGCCAAGACUAAGGAGGGGGUGAGGGAGGUGUUUGAGAUGGCCACCCGGGCGGGGCUCCAGGUCCGCAAGAAUAAGCGGCGGAGAGGCUGUUCCAUCCUGUGAGGUUCCCAAAGCUGCCCAGUCCAGCCCCUCCCCUCUCCCAGGAGUGUAGUAACACACCCCCUUCCCUGAGCUCCCAGGACUCCGGGCUGAAGGUGCCCUCUUUCAGUUCUCUCCAGCCCAGGACUGCACGGAGCUUCCCCAGCCUGUGGUGGUGAUGGUCCCCUCGCAGCCUUCUGGGAACCCCUGGCCAGGGCCCUGCUUUCCCAGAGUUCCUGUGCCUAGGUGGGGCUCUUGCUCCCCUUGGCCUUCCCCAGAGACCUGUCACACACCAGCACUUUAUACACUUCUGGCUGCCAGCAGCAUCGGGCAGGCAAAUUGGAAGGUGAUGGACCCAGAUUCCCAGCCCUCGAGCUGGCUUUGGGCAGGAGCUGAGCCGAGCCCUGUCUCUGACUGUACUCUGCUGGGGGUAUGAAUAAAGGACAUAGGGUCCAACA